AGUUGACCUACCAGCUUCUUACUUUACAGUACAUGUAGCUAUGUAAGGUAUCUACAUUUUCAAUGCAUAGUGCCUACAGUAUUACUUGUUUUCAAUCCAAGACGCCCUGUGAUCUAAAUAACGCUACCCUCCCUUAAGUCGCUUACAUACAUCCUACCCUAUGUAGGUACCUGGUUGCAGCAGGAAUGAUGUCCAGGAAUCAAGAUUUCGACCUCCUGAAGCCUGUGCAAUCCUCGCCACCGCGGCCUCGUCACCAAAUUAGACGAUCGAUAACCGAAUUAUCGUCGCCAAUCAAGCUUCCCCGAUAUCACCACUUACAUCACCUUCGAAAGGACCGCGAUAACGAUGACCAUACUCCCAUGUCAGCAGGCCCCAUGCUUCACCUCACACGAGGCUCUUUUGAGCUACCACGAUCCGAAGGCACAACUCCAUAUGCGAACUCCGAAUCGGGUCUUCGAAUAAGCAUGCUAAGUUCGGCGUUCGACGAUGCCACACGUAAUGCUGGACCUACUACCUCACAGCCGCCUUCGAUGAAUCAAGAAGAGUUGAUACGGGAAGAAAAGGAGAAAGUAGCUUCAAAAUUAGUGGGGCUAAGGAAAUCACUUGUAGAAUUGAAUACAUUUUCGAACGCGACGACCAGACGUUUGGACGACACGUACUAUGCCGUUCUCGAAAAGCUCAGCGUGCUCCAAAGCACAAUAGUAGCUCUUAAGGAGCUCGCGGCGAUGUCGCAAGAGUUAAACGAGAGUUUUGAGGUCGAGUCUCAGGAACUAGUGAACGAAUUAGAGCAACAGGCCGACUCGUUCGGUCAAUUUGACGACCAGCAGGAACGCAUCGAAGAAUUACAAGGGCGCGUGCGGGCAGGCCGUGGUAAGGUCGAGGCACUCAGUAAACGAGUCGAUGUCGUACGAGACAGAAUCGAGAGCUGGGAAAGAGCAGAUAAUGAAUGGCAAGAAAGAACGAGAAAACGUUUAAAGAUCAUAUGGAUCAUCACAUCCGUAGUGAUUUUUUCAUUGAUAUUCUUACUCGUCGGAGCUCAAUACGCUCCCUCGUCAGAAGAUGUAUCGACCCUCACAAUAUCAACACCAGUAAGUGGCCAAGAACACGGAGAGCCAGUUAUAGGUGAAGCGGUUAGCAAUCAAAGCGAAAGUGUUGCGGCUAUGGUGGAUGGGGUAAAACAAGCCCUCAACGCUAGGAGAGGUGAACCCGCCGAGGACGAUGUAUUCCGAGCUUUUGACGAACUAUAACUUCAGUGGACGGGAAGAUAUUUUGCUUUUCGUUUGGGUAGACCCCGAAGAACCGACUUAUACCAGAAGAAAUGAUACUCUUUAGUAAUCCUAUUAAUAAAGCUGAUUUAGACACAUCCCGAAGCUCGCCGAUAUGCCAUUACUGAACAAACAGCAACCCCUCUUUCCUUCUAUAAUAAUUAACGAGAUGCGUCCCAGCAGUACCCUGUUACGACACAUCAAAACUCAAAACAGCAAUCAUGUUACAAAUGGCGAGACAAGACACAUCAAACAUAUUUAGUAUUACGCCGAUAGAUGCGAUAGAUGCGCAUCCAGAUCCGCUUAACCUAAUAAUAAAGCCGAG